AUGGAUGACAGGUGCUACCCGGUGAUCUUCCCAGAUGCGAGGAAUUUCCGCCCCUUCACUCCUGACUCUUUGGCUGCAAUCAAGAAGCGGAUCUCCAUCCAAAAGGAGAACAAAAAGUCCAAGGACCAGACAGCAGCAGAACCCCAGCCUCGACCUCAGCUUGACCUAAAGGUGUCCAGAAAGUUGCCCAUGCUCUAUGGUGACAUUCCCCAUGAGCUGAUAGGGAAGCCCCUGGAAGACUUGGACCCAUUCUACAGAAAUCAUAAGACAUUUAUGGUGUUGAACAAAAAGAGAACAAUCUACCGCUUCAGUGCCAAACGUGCCUUGUUCAUUUUUGGGCCUUUCAAUUCAAUCAGAAGUUUAGCCAUUAGAAUUUCAGUCCAUUCAUUGUUCAGCAUGUUCAUCAUCUGCACCGUCAUCAUCAACUGCGUGUUCAUGGCCAUGACUCGUGGGAAGGACAGCAUUAACGUAGAUACUGAGAGUGCUGAGUAUGUCUUCACUGGGAUUUAUAUAUUUGAAGCAUUAGUUAAAAUAUUGGCAAGAGGUUUUAUUCUGGAUGAGUUUUCUUUCCUUCGAGAUCCAUGGAACUGGCUGGACUCCAUUGUCAUUGCAACAGCGUUUGUGUCAUAUUCACCAUAUAUCAAGGACAGCAGCAUCAGUCUGUCAUCCCUGCGUACCUUUCGAGUGUUCAGAGCUUUGAAAGCAAUUUCAGUAAUUUCAGGUCUGAAGGUCAUUGUUGGGGCCUUGCUGCGCUCUGUGAAGAGGCUUGUCGAUGUGAUGAUCCUGACUCUCUUUUGCCUCAGCAUCUUCGCCCUGGUAGGUCAGCAGCUCUUCAUGGGAAAUCUGAACCAGAAAUGUGUGAGGAAAGACUGUGACUCUGACUAUAAAGACUAUUGCUUUGAAAAGAAAGAUUCCACUGAAUUCAGAAUAUGUGGCACAUGGAUGGAGAGCGGGGCUUGUUCUGAACAAUUUGAAUGCAAACAUACCAAUAAAAAUCCUGACUAUAAUUACACGAAUUUUGACAACUUUGGCUGGUCUUUUCUUGCCGUGUUCCGGCUUAUGACCCAAGAUUCCUGGGAGAAGCUUUAUCAACAGACUUUGCGCACCUCAGGGCUCUACUCAGUCUUCUUCUUUGUGGUGGUCAUCUUCCUGGGCUCUUUCUACUUGAUUAACUUAACCCUGGCUGUUGUCACCAUGGCUUACGAGGAACAGAACAAGAAUGUAGCUGCUGAGACAGAAGCCAAGGAGAAGAUGUUCCAGGAAGCCCAGCAGCUGUUAAAGGAGGAGAAGGAGGCUCUGGUUGCCAUGGGCAUUGACAGAAGUUCACUUAAUUCCCUUGAAGCAUCAUCUUUUUCCCCGAAGAAGAGAAAGCUAUUUGGUAAUAAGAAAAGAAAAUCCUUCUUUUUGAGAAAGUCUGGGAAAGACCAGGUUCCAGGAUUAGAUUCUGAUGAAGUUUCUUCAAAAAAGCCACACCUACUUGAACAAACCAAACGACUGUCCCAGAAUCUGUCAGUGGACCACUGUGAUGAGCACGGAGACCCCUUCCAAAGGCAGAGAGCGCUGAGCGCUGUGAGCAUCCUCACCAUCACCAUGCACGAACAAGAAAAAUCACAGGAACCUUGCCUCCCAUGUGGGGAAAACCUGGCAUCCAAAUACCUCGUGUGGGACUGUAGCCCCCGGUGGCUGUGCAUUAAGAAGGCCCUGAGAACCGUGAUGACUGACCCCUUUACUGAGCUGGCCAUCACCAUCUGCAUCAUAAUCAACACUCUCUUCUUGGCCAUGGAGCAUUACAAAAUGGACCAGAGUUUUGAGAACAUGUUGUACACAGGGAAUUUGGUUUUCACUGGUAUUUUCAUGGCUGAAAUGUGCCUAAAAAUCAUUGCGCUGGAUCCCUACCACUACUUUCGUCGAGGCUGGAACAUUUUUGACAGCAUUGUUGCUCUUCUGAGUUUUGCAGAGGUGAUAAUAAAUAGUAUGUGUCCAGGAAAGCAAAGUUGUAUGUCACUUCGUUCCUUAAGAGUGCUGAGGGUCUUCAAGUUAGCCAAAUCCUGGCCAACUUUAAACACACUGCUUAAGAUUAUUGGCCAUUCCGUUGGAGCCCUUGGAAACCUGACUGUGGUCUUGGCCAUUGUGGUCUUUAUUUUCUCAGUAGUUGGCAUGCAGCUUUUUGGCUCUAAAUUCAAUUGCAUAAAGAGUAAUUCAAAGUCCCAUGAUCCUGCAGUCCCAUGUUUACGACGCUGGCACAUGGGGGAUUUCUACCACUCCUUUCUGGUGGUAUUCCGCAUCCUUUGUGGGGAAUGGAUCGAAAACAUGUGGGAAUGUAUGCAAGAAGCUAACCAAGCCCUGUGCAUUAUUGUGUUUCUGUUGAUCAUGGUGAUAGGAAAACUCGUGGUACUCAACCUCUUCAUUGCCUUGCUGCUCAAUUCCUUCAGCAAUGAGGAGAAAGAUGGACACUUGGAAGGAGAGGUUAGGAAAACCGAAGUCCAGUUAGCCCUGGACCGGUUCUGCCGGGCUUUUUGUUUUGUCAUAUGUACUCUUGAGCAUUUUUGUACCAAGUGGUGCGGGAGACAACAUUUACCAAAGCGAAAAGAGGUGAUAGAAGGCCCUGAGGCAGAGAGCAAAGGUGUCAUUCCCCUGGUCACAGAGAUGAGAAAGGGCCCAGAGACCUGGGAGGAGUUUGGUGUACUGACUUCCGCACCAAAGACCUUGAGUGUCGGGCAUGAUCAGACUUGGUUGGCCCCACUAGCAGAGGAAGAAGAUGAUGCUGAAUCCCCGGGUGAAGAUAAGGCACAGCCUGUCACACGACCUGAGGCUGGAAAACAGGCCAGUGAACUCCAUCAGAAGACCAAGGAGCCCACCAGUCCAGGAGCUCAGAGUGUGGAAAUGGACAUAUUCUCUGAAGGUGAUCCUUAUCUGUCGAUACAGAAUCCCCGAAAGAAGUCUGAUGCUACGAGUGUGCUCUCAGAAUGUAGCACCACUGGUCCACAGGAUCCCUUUAGGCGGGUACUUGAAAUGGUUCCCAAAAAGGAACCAGAGAGAUGUUUGCCCAAAGGUCUGGAUUGCUGCUCUCCAUGCUGUACUAUGGACAAGAGGAAGUCCCCCUGGAUCAUUUGGUGGGACCUGCGGAAAACCUGCUACCAAAUAGUGAAACACAGCUGGUUUGAGAGCUUUAUUAUCUUUGUGAUUCUGCUGAGCAGUGGGGCACUGGUAUUUGAAGAUAUUUACCUUGGUACACAACCCAAAAUCCAAGCAAUACUUAAUUGUACUGACAGUAUUUUCACAUACAUUUUUAUCUUGGAGAUGGGUCUGAAAUGGGUGGCCUUUGGAUUUAGGAAGUAUUUCACCAGUGCCUGGUGCUGGCUCGAUUUCAUCAUUGUGAUUGUCUCUGUGACCAGUCUCAUUGACUUAAAGGUCUUGAAGUCCUUCCGGAUUCUGCGAGCGCUGAGGCCUCUGCGAGCGCUGUCCCAGUUUGAAGGAAUGAAGGUGGUAGUUAACGCUCUCAUAGGUGCCAUACCUGCCAUUCUGAAUGUUUUGCUUGUCUGCCUCAUUUUCUGGCUCAUAUUUUGUAUCCUGGGAGUAAGUUUGUUUUCUGGAAAAUUUGGAAGAUGCGUUAAUGUAACAGAUGGAAACUCAGUUAUAAAUUACAACAUUGUUGCAAACCGGAGUCAAUGUGAAAGUGGAAAUUUCUCCUGGUUCACCCUGAAAGUCAACUUUGACAAUGUGGGAAUGGCUUACCUCGCGCUGCUGCAAGUGGCAACAUUUAAGGGCUGGAUGGAUAUUAUGUAUGCAGCUGUUGAUUCCAGAGGGGAAGGACAACAGCCAAGGUUUGAGGAGAACUCAUUAAUGUAUGUUUACUUCGUAGUUUUUAUCAUCUUUGGCUCAUUCUUCACCCUGAAUCUCUUUAUUGGUGUUAUUAUUGACAACUUCAACCAACAGCAGAAAAAGAUAAGUGGCCAAGACAUCUUUCUGACAGAAGAACAGAAGAAAUACUAUAAUGCAAUGAAAAAAUUAGGAUCCAAAAAACCUCAAAGGCCCAUCCCAAGGCCUCUGAACAAAUGCCAAGGUCUUGUUUUUGACCUAGUUACACACCAGGUCUUUGACAUCAUCAUCGUCAUCCUCAUUUUCCUCAACAUGGUUAGCAUGAUGGCUGAAUCAUAUGGCCAGUCCAAAGCCAUGGAACUCUUCCUUGAGCGUCUCAACCUGGCCUUUGUGGUCGUCUUUACAACUGAGUGUCUCAUCAACAUCUUUGCUUUGAGGCAAUACUACUUCACCAGUGGCUGGAAUUUAUUUGAUUGUGUGAUCGUGAUCAUUUCUAUCGUUAGUAAGUAA